CAAACCCUGCGUUCCCACAAAACAGAGACAAGUUCAGAGACAGGGGAAGCAGCAAAACCUACGAAAUUCAUUCCGAGGUAACACCGAUCAAUCAUGGUUUUGUCAUCCCAGACAGACCUUCCUUUCAACGAGAACGACUCACAAGACAUGGUCAUAUACCAAGUCCUCCACGAGGCCAAUACUCUUCACACCGCCGCCGCCGCCGCCGCCGCCACCUCCUCAUCCUCCUCCGCCACCGCCGACGCCGCCACAUUCAUCCAGCAAAGGCAACAAACCUCCGUACGGAACGUGCUCGAGCCAUCCAGGACCGUCGGAAAGAAGCAUUACAGAGGCGUGAGGCGGAGGCCGUGGGGGAAGUACGCGGCGGAGAUCCGCGACUCUGCCAGGCACGGAGCACGCGUGUGGCUGGGUACGUUCGAAACCGCCGAGGAAGCCGCCAUGGCUUACGAUCGAGCGGCUUUUAGAAUGAGAGGUGCGAAGGCCUUACUCAAUUUUCCAGCAGAAAUCGUAGCUUCUUCCAUGGACAUGUCUAGUGAUUCUAACAAGCCUGGUUUGAUGAGCUCCUCAGGAAGAUUGUGUAAUCAAGAUUCAGAUUCAAGUGCUAGCAGCAGCUCCUGCGUUAAUUCCAUUGGAACAAAUGGAACCUUCUUAGAAAGCACAAGCAGCACAGACAGUUAGAAACAGUAUUGCAUAUUUCAUUUCAUGGAUCUCUUAGAUUAUAUCUUGUCCGUGACAUCGAUGCUUAGCUAGACAAGUCGGAUUUGGGUUGUCUGAUAUCAUUCGAGGAAUUAGUUGAAAUUUUUUUGACUUCCAGAAAUGAAAGAUUGGAACCUUAGACAUUAGAAAUGCCAGCAGAUAUUCUAAAUCCGAGGAAUCUGGGAAGGUUUUUCGACCAACAAAGGAACAAGAAAUUUAAAGUAAUGUGAUGCAAUGCGAUGGUAGGGGUUAGCGAAGAUAAGGUGUUUUUCUGUAGUUGGUUAGUUUUUCUUUUCUGUCAUGAGUCACUGAGAUAUUCAUAUGUAAUAUUGUCCAGGAAAAAAAAGAAAAAGAGAUGUUAAAAAAUUGAAAUUCCAGAGAGUAAUCAAUGUUGAAGUUAUUCAUUUGAUUAAUUUAGUUA